GGGUGAUCUUUAUUCGUUCGUUCAUGAAAUAAUGCUGCCAAUUUUUGUUCUCUUUGAGCCAUGAAAGAGAAUACGCUAUCAAUGAAACGAUAGUGGCGAUAGUAUUAAAACUAUCGAUAGUUAUUUCAAGUGAUCAGACUAUCGAUACUAUCGAUAGUAUCGGCGAUAGUUUGACAGCUCUACAGAAUAGCUCUAUAUGUGUUUUUAGAAAAUUAUGGAACGUAUUGUUUCUGGUAUAGCAAAAAUUAAUUUUCAGCAAAAUUGCGAAGAUAUUUUGGUGGAAAAUCGCAAGGAAAACAUGGCCGCUCGGGCAUAUGAAAUAUCUGAGGCAGGUAAUGCGCUAAACGAUACCACUAAAUCCAAUGAAAGCACAGCAGAUAGUAGUGAUUUUGAAUCGGAAUUCAAUAGUUCUAGCGAAACUGCCAUUGUAGGCGAUGAUGAUGCAGAUAGCUGUUGCAGUUCCAGCGCUGCUGGAGGGAGUCUUUCACAGCGUCGCAAUUUACCGCGCCGUGCUUGCAAGGAGAACAGCUUAAAACUAAAGCGCCGGUCCAUAAUGAAACCAAAACGUCACACAUCCAGAUCUUGUGAUUUCUCUAUGCUCCGUCCGGCUCAGAUCAAAAAAAUUUACUGCAAUCAAAAACUAACUAGUUUUCACCCCGCCAAAUUGGAGACAAUUUUCGAAGAGCCGCAAGCAGAACCUCGCCGUGGCGAAGCUGCGCCAGCGUCCAGCACAGGUUUGCGUUUUAUUGGCCUGAGAAAAAUACGUCGUUCACUCUCUUGUUCCGAUGGUCUAAAUACAACUAAGACGUUGAUAAAACAAAGACGUGCCAAAAUUAGGAAAAUUUUCGGAAAAACACACCUACACAAGAAGAUAGCAUUAAAUGACUUCAUUGAUAAGUUGAACAGGAGUUUCGCUGAUGAUGCGGACGUGGAAGAUGCCACUAUAGAUGCUGAUGAAAGCAGUACACUGGAAGAGGCAAUGGAAGCAGAGAUGUCUGCAACAGCUCUUACGGUUCCAGUAACUGAGAACCUACAUAAUAGUACAAUGUAUGAAAAUUCAACAUCAUUAACAAAGACUGAUUUCGAAAUGCAUUUAGAAACGGAUGUGGGAAACGUGCACGAAUUUAAUAAGAAAAAUGAGGGUGAUUCACUAUAUUUAGGUUCAAAUAAAUUUGGUACAUUAUCUUAUUCGUCAGAUACGGCAGAAAUUGGUUUGGGUGCUGCAACAGUAAAAGCAAAUUGCUUGGAAGGCAUACGUUAGUGAUAAGAUAUAUAUAUGUACAUAUUAAUACGUGUGAUCUAUAUAUUAAUUCUGUGGAGGGUAAUUUGAACCAUUCCAGCACUAAAAGAUCACUGCGCGUACAAGAUUUAUUUUUUAACUACAUGAUUCUUUUAUAUAACUUCGUGGCACUAUUAGUUUUAAAUAUCUAUUCAUAUAUGUACAUUUUGUGGCACUAUUAGUUUUUAAUAUAUGUAUAUUUAUGUUUGUAGGUAUUAAAAAGCCGAUUAUGUAUAUCAACGCAACCUCAGUUGAGUUGUAUUUUAAAUAUAAACUAUUGUCAAGUGCUAUAAAAUUAUAGAUAAUAGUAAUAUGAGGAACAAGCCAUUCUGAAAUGAGUGCGAACGAUGUGCAGAAAUAGCAGGAGAAGUAUUAAUUUCCACAAUAACUACAAAAUUCAGUUGCCUCCCGUUAUAUGAUUUCGGCCACUAGAACUCAACUGAAGUUUCUCAUGCAUAAUUGGUCCAUAAAUUUCACAUUCCCCUCAUUGCUUUCAACAAUUUUUGUACCAUUUAAAUUUUAAGAUUUUGAAAAUGAUUAUUGAUAGGUAUUUGUGCCUGAAUAUAUGUAUGUAAUAAUGUCCGGUAAAAUUAUAGAUACUCUGUUUAAAAAAAAUCGAAUUUGUUUUUACGAUAGAGCAUAUACAAUAAUUUCACAAACCCCAACAACUCUUAGCCAUACGGAUCUAAAAUUUCAUGAAUUGCUUAUAAUAUUUUCUAGUGGACACAAAAAUCAUAAAUAAAUCCACUCAAGCGUUUUAUACGCUAUUUUAUAUAUGUAUGUAAAAAUGUGCAAGCAUAAAAUGUCUUUUUGUGUUUCAGGGGAACCAAAGGGAGGAGGUGUCGCUCGAUGGUUAUCAUAAUGUGGAAAACCUACAGAUUCCCGACAUUCGUUAGGAUAAGGGUGACUUUAACAUCCGAAAUUUUGCAGACUGAUUCCAUUAGAGCAAUAAUAAAGUAACUGAUGCUCUUGCUCUGAAAUACGUGGUGGUUGAACUUCGAUAACGGCAUCUAUGGGCGAAAGUUC